CCAAUGGUGGGUCGCAUUGGUUGCGAAGAAAUGAUUUUAAUUUUGAAAAACCGACAAAACAUUUGAGUGUUUGGUUUGUUUGAGUCGUUUCUCACUUCGCAAACACUUUUGACAUCCGAUUUGAUCCGCGAAACCAAUUGACCACAACUUGUAUGAUGUCUGCUAUGGUUGGGCCGCGAAGACACGCCAUCACUGGCGCAACUACUGGUGGGAACGCAUCGGCCGAACGCCACUCCAGACCUGAUCCCACGCUCACUGAAGACAAUUGCGUCGAUUUGGGCUAUUAUUUGCAUCGAAACAAAUUGGGAGAGGGUGGUUUCGGGAAAGUAAGGUUAGCCACGCAUCUCAAGACCGGCCAUAAAGUGGCCAUAAAAAUAAUGGACAAAAACAAGUUAGGCGCCGACUUGUGUCGAGUGAGAGUUGAGAUCAAUUCGCUGAAGAUAUUGAAACACGAAAACAUCUCAAAACUAUUACAAGUGAUCGAAACCCAGAACGAGAUUUAUCUUAUUCUCGAGUACUGCUGCGGAGGAGAACUGUUUGAUUAUUUGGUGUCGAAGUCGAAACUCACCGAAAGGGAGACGAAGACUAUUAUGAAAGAUUUGGUGAACGCUUUGGCGUACAUUCAUAGCAAUGGUUUCGCUCACAGAGACCUCAAACCCGAAAAUAUUCUGUUUGACGCCAAACACAGAAUCAAAUUAAUUGAUUUCGGACUUGCGGCCAAUGGACGGGAUAAUAAGAACUCUUUGGCUCAUUUGUCCACAUGUUGUGGAAGUCCCGCUUACGCGGCGCCGGAACUACUUCAAGGGCCCCACUAUUCGGGACCGGCUGUCGAUGUCUGGAGCGCUGGAGUUCUCUUGUUUGCGCUUUUGGUCGGAAGGCUUCCCUUCGAUGACGAGAAUAUCGGCGCUCUUUAUAAGAAAAUACAGAGUGGAUUUUAUCGAAUGCCUGAUUGGCUGUCAUCCGACGCUAAAGAUCUGAUCCGAUCGAUGCUUAAGACAAAUCCAAUGGAACGCAUCACUAUUGAGAAGAUAUUAAUCCAUCCGUGGCUGAGAGAUGUGAUGAUUGACAACAAGACGACCGUUCAGGUGAUGAAAUCAAAUCUGGACGAAGAAGUCUUCUUCAAAUGCCAUCGACUCUUCCCUGACGUUCCCCUCAAAGAGUUGCGACAAAAUAUUUUGCAUGGAUUUGGUUAUCAAACGUCUUGUUAUUGGCUCUUGAAAAUGAACGCCAAUUCUGUUGAGCCAUUACCAAUGUUUGCCAUUAAAUCGCCGCUCAAUAAGACAUCUGUUCAAAGACGGCGUUCGAAGAGUUUGGACGAACCCAUCAAUAAUGAAAAUAACAUUCGGCCGCAACUUAAGCGCAAAUUCCCGGACACUCCGAUGCCUAACGUUCCGAAACGGCUUCUGUUUGAGCCCAACUCUCCGAAGACCAAAACGCCAGUUGCCGUCAGUUCACCAAAAGUGACGCCAAACCCAAAGGAGAACCGAAAACUCAAAGAAAUCAAAUCACCGGUUAUUAACUCUCCGGUCAUUCCUAUCAAAAAGGCUCGACUUUUCAGUGGUUUGAAUGAUAGCGUCGCCAAUAAGAGUCCGCUUCCGGUUCUCAACGCAACCAUCGAUUUGCCUAAAACUCCAUUCAAUGCGCGCAUUGAGUGCACGCCUAAGAAGUCACUAUUGAAGCGAUUCCUGGAGACGGCGACACCGGCCCGAAGUCAGAGUCCCAGAGCUAUCACUACAUCCACUACUCUGAAGAACAUAACACUCACUAAAUUCACUGAACCCGAGAAAUGCAUCGAAAAACUGGUCGAAACACUGACUGCGAAAGGCAUUCAAUGCAAACAAAAAGAGUUCUCUUUGAGAUGUGUUUUAUCGACUAAUAAUGUGAUUGUGUUGUCGUUUAAUCUGGAGAUCUGUAAGUUUGACAAUCAAUGUGUGAUUCAACGAAAACGACUCAAAGGCGACGCUUGGAAUUACAAGAAGGUCUGCGAAGAGAUACUGCGGAUCAGCAAUGAAUGAUCUGAUGGCCACAAAAGCCUAAC